AGCUUCUCCGCUUUCUUUUCGGCAGCUGGCGUAAGGUUCUGGAAUUCCAACAUGGCAGUAGAUGUGGUCAGUAUUUCUAUGGUGGUCAGUCUCUCCAGCCCUGACAUGGAAGCAUUCCAGAACAUUACCGACUCGGAGUAACCCUCAUCUCCCUCAUCUCAGCAGCACGGCUGGACGCUGUCGCCGUUCUCCGGCGCGGAGAAGUCUGGGGUUCAUGUCCGCUUAAAACACUGUUUACAUGUGGUGUGUGUCUUUCAACUUACUGGAAAGUCUUUCUCUUCGCCUAGUGGAAGUCACUGAAGUGAACCUUUCACUCCUUUCUGUUUCUCUCAAUCACCUUGCUGAUGUCAAGCAAUAUGAUCAGCGGUGUAUAUGGUGUGACCAUGCAGUGGAGCCCUGAGCAGUCUCAGUGGGCGGAGCAACAUUAUGACAUCACUUCCACCACUCGCUCACCAGGGCAUAAGUUCGAAGCACUUAGUGAUCCAAGGCUAACAGGUUCGACCUCAGCUGCAGCAUAUCAACAUUCAUGGGCAAACGAUGACAUUUCAGCUCUGACCGCUUCUAACCUGCUCAAGAGGUAUGCAGAGAGAUAUUCUGCCAUUCUGGAUCUUCCCUGUGAGAGUGGACUUAUGGGAUAUUCAGACACAGCCAUCUCCGUUAGCGUUAGGGGACCUGGUGUUGUGAAUAAUGGGCCAACCCUUCUUAAUGGACAGAAGGUGGAGGCAGAGCCUUGGAUAGAGAGUGUCUACCAUCCAUUAGGUUGCAUGCCCGAACUUCUUCCCAAAGCACCACACAGUGUGACGGAUGUGUCUGUCAGUGCAUGUAACUCACCGGUUAUAGGCAAUGGGAGUCUUCCGGAACCUAGUUUCUCAAGCAGCAGUUGUCACAGUCAGACUGGGAAUCAGGAAUACAGCAGCACUCCCUACAGCACUCCCUUCCUGCAGCCUGUAGGCAAUUACGGUGGCUCUCUUUUCCACCCUACCCCUUCCCAUGCAAGUCUGGUAUCAACCUACAAUGCUAACACCUCACCAAACCUAGCUGCGUACAGUUACCCUAACACCCGUUACCCCCUACAGGCCGUUCUUCCUGGUGGAUACAGUCCUCCCUCUGCAUAUCUACCUGCAGGUAUAACUCCUCCCAACCCUCUUCCAGCUGUGGGAUACCCAUACCAAGCCACCAGCCUGGGAGGUAGUGUCUCUGAAAGUGAUGUCCCAAGUGCUACCAGCCUUUCAAAGUCAUAUUACCCGUCAACUCAAAACGAGAUUGGAGUAUUUGAGGAGUUUGAUUUUGGCAGCAACUCUAAUUCAGACUCUAGGUCUGAAGGCAGCCCUUCAUACAGACCAUCAGGAGAUGAAACGGUGGAUAAGCAAAAUGGGUUCAACCAGUCGGCAGAUGUAAAAUCUUCAUCUUUCAAGCCAGUUAAUCAUGGAGACUCUUUAAGAAGCCUGGGGACUCUCACAGUAGCCAUGAGCAGACAGAACAAUGGUACAUCCGGACAAUGCUUUCCAUCUACCUCAGCUUCUAUUGUCACUUCUCACCAACAUCAUUGCCUUGACACAAACACACCAUGAGUGAUUGUGCUUACACACAACCAGAAGUGCUUGAGUUGAUGAUUUGUGUGAGUGCUCCCCCUAGUGGAUUGGAGGUAGAAAGGAGAGACUUGCUCAAAGUCAUAGAGUUGGGGUUCAAUGCAGGGACCUUAAAAACAGGUACAGCAGGGGAAUUCUGCCCAGGAGGUCUCUUGGUGUGCUGUUCACUCUAAAGGACAGAAGGAGAUUAGUUUCUCCAUUCUGGAAAAAGGACUAUGAUGUUUAUGCCCUGCCUAGCCGAGCCUAACAGGUAAUUGCGAGACACUGACCUUCUCACUCUGAUGGAAUGGACAGACCUGUAUAUCCUCUAUGACGGACACAUAUUUCUGAGAGGUUUGGAGAGAAUUUGCUCCUCUAUUCUGAGAGAUAUGCGAGCACAUGAAGGGAAUUUAUAUGUGUAAUUGAUGUGUUGUGGCUGCCAUGGAGAAAAGGAGUCAUGGUAACAGAUGUGCUGGUUGGACACUAGCUAUGGUGGACCAUAUUGCCAUGGUGUGCAUUCAGUGUGUGUUUGUGGUUAUUUAUGUGGUGAGUUUUAAUUGUAAAUUCUGUUCCCACUUUUUCCACAGGAGAAUUUACAAAUCCUGGUUGUUUAAAGUAUGUGAGUGUGGGAGAGAUAGAUAAAACCUCAGGAAAGUGUCAGUCAGAUAAAUGGCGUAUACCUGUGUUUGUGUGUAACAGAGAAGAAGAGGGCAUUUUCACAUACCAUCCUUACGAAAAACCCAAUUCAGUUGACUUGAACCAGGUGUUCCAAAGCAAAAUGAUUUUUGUCUGUUGCUAAGUUUG